AUGGAAGAGAUCACCGGAAGGGAACGGUACAUCAAGAGCCUGCUUGAAUGGAGAGCGGAGCUCCUCCGGCGGUUCGAUGAGCUAGGGAAUCAAGGGGCGAGUCAGGAGGAGGUGGCCGGGUUCAAUGGUCUCUUAAGGGACCACGACCAGGUCAUCAGUGAUUCAGAGGCGAGGCUCUUUUGCCUCAAAUUCAUCCUGGCUCGUCGCCCCAACUCCCUGGCUACGACUUCUCCGGGGGAGCUUCGCUCCUACACAGAAAAAAAGAAAAAGCCAAAGACCACAUUGGGAGUUAGCCUCCCACAAGACUUUAUCGGCAUGACUCAAGGAGACCAGCAUCACAUCGGCCUCGGCCGCUUCGAUCCAAUUCAGUGUGCCGCAUCGUCUCGUCGAGUGCUUCUGACUGGCCUACCGGGGUCGACUACGGUCACCCAGGUGGCUAGAGGUGUCGCUGGCCGUCGCGGUGUCCUUAAUAUCUUCGUCAGCCGUGAUCUCCGCGCAGAUACGGUGCCUGGGCAGCUAAGUGCUGUCGUAGAGUUCGAGCUCCCUCACAGCGCAAAUCGUUAUGUCCACUUUGUCUCAACCGCUGAGAUCUGGUUCCAGGACAUUCAGGGGCUGGAUCAUCAAAUCCACGCCACACAUAUACUCACACCCUCCAACCGAAUCACCGACAUCCAUCCCACAAGAUUGGGCAUACCCACCGACGCGAACGGAUUAGCUGGCCGUUGUAUUCGUUUCAAAGACUUUCCGAUUAUUGCUAUCUGGGCACUGUUCAAGGACUUCGGCGUUCGACAUAUCGUCGACGCCUGGAUCUCGACUCUUGACGAUCCUGACGAUCCCGCCGAACAGCACCUAACAGUGGAAUUUACCAACAUAUUCGAAGCAACACGUUGUUGCUACAGCCUUCUUAAUGGAUAUUUCCCUCCGUAUCGCCCAUUUCUCGAAAUGAUUUCACUGCAGUGGACCACGUCUGAAAGAGACGUGUCCGAAAUUGAAAUCGAACAAGGCAACAUAAUCUCACACGUGCCUCAUGACCAUAUCGAACAAGCAUGGAACCGACAGCCAUUCAACCAGACCCAAUCUACACAACUCGGAAAGCCCCUGCGUCGAUCAGCCCCCAAGCUCCAAUCACCACUUCACCCACGUCACCCACGUCACCAAGAAGACGGUGUUAUUAUUUGGGGAGAUGGCGAAAAAACCCUACGACGUGUCACACACAAACAGAUCACCAGCCGAAUGAGUACAUACGAUACCCAAUACAUCUUGAUUGGAGACAGUAUUUACUCCAACUGGAGUAUCGUCCCGGGCUCCUACCCUUACUACUUUCCCGUCCACCCCCCCGAACUCGACCGUCUCAAAGCCUAUUACAUCAUGGAUCCGGCAUGGCGAGAUUUUUGGGAUGAGUUUUCCAAAACUCAAGGCAUUGAUUUGCGUGGCUACUAUGCCUAUGCCCUGGUUGCCGCCGAGCGCCGAGUAAGCAAUGAGCUUUCCGGCCGGCCGUACUGGUACGCAGGGGAGAUGUUGGAGCAGGCCACUGUGCCGCAGUUCAUAUUGUCUUAUGCCAAGCCGGAACUCAUCCGCAAGGUAGUCAACACUAGCGACUAA